GACAUGUAAAUAGUGAAAUAGUUUGAAUAGUUCGUUAUUCUUGUCCGUUAUCCGUUUAUUUACAUUUUUUUUAAUUCAAAAUUAUAUACCGGUCUUUACAUUAAAUGAAACCAAUUUAUUAACAAAAUUUGCUAAUAUGUUAAACCAAACACAACUAACGCCUGGUAGAAAAUAUUUCGCUGGAAUUAAUGCUAAAACGUUUGAAAGCAACGUUUUAGACAGAUACAGUCAAAAAACUCUUCAGCAAUCGAUUAGAUGGGGUGCAUUAAAUUUUUGUUUGUUAUCAAUUAUACUUUAUGAUAUAAUAAACACAAGCCCUGUUUAUGUGAAUUACGUCCAAUACAUUGAAUAUGUCGGAGUGGUUAUAUUAUCGUUAAAUAUUCUCUAUCAUCUAAUUACAUAUAUAAAAAUACAUAUGAUUCUUAAUAAAAAUAAAAAUGACUUAUCUAAACAACCAAUUUCUCCACAAGGUACACCUAUAAAAAAUCAAAUUCGAGAUGUAAACACACCUUUAAGUGUAUCUCAAACACCCAUUAAUUUAAGUGCGACAAGUUGGAUGUCAAAUUAUUCUGCGCAUGAAAGUGCUAAUUUAUCUUUACAGUCUACAUCUUGGACGUUUGCUCAAGGAUCACCAAAAACACCAACAACAAAAACACCUGUAAAAGCAAUCAGACAAAAUACUUCCGACGUUGGCUUUAUUAACGAUGAAAACGGUUUAAGUACUUAUUUAAAAGAUUUUGAUGCUCAUGAAAAAGUGAAUACUUUAAGUAGAACUGACGAAAUAAAUACAACAAAUGUUUUAAAUUCAUUUUGGACACAUCCAACUGCAAAAGCCGUUAAAGACGUUUCCGCAUUUUUGAAAAGAUGUCAUUAUCAAUUGUCAACACCUACAGCAAGUGGUAGUUUUUCCUCUCCAAAUUUUACCAAAUUCCAUCAAACUCAAAUUCCCAAUUAUUUCUAUGGUUCCAAUUCCGAAACUGCAAUCCAAAAAUAUGUUGCUAUUGUAAAACCUUUACAUGAAGCAAAUAUGUUGGUAGCUACGACACCGAACAGUCCGAAAAGUGAUGAUUCUUCCUGUGGAUCUCCAAUCCAAGGAGUGGAUACUUGGAGAAGGCUACACGUUGAUUCUUUAGUUUUGACUCAAUGGAAUGCAAAUUUACGAAUUUGGUUAUCUCAAACGAUUUUAAAUACCUUAGUGAAAGAAUUUGAUAGUAUCGAUGAGUGUUUACAAAAACACGGAUUUGGAGAUAUUCAAAUUGGUAAAGUUGGUUUGGAGAGAUUGAGGAAAACUGCUCAAACUAUGCCGGUUUUGCAAUUUAUUCAAACUUUACCAAUCGUUAUUCCGUUCCUUGAAUUAACACCGAAUCAAGAAUAUUUAGUUAAACGAAUCAGAGAGUUAGCUAAAGGUGGUUGUAUGAGUGAUUUUAAAUGGAAUAGUGGCAGUAAUUUUAACGGAAAAGAAUGGGAUAAUAAUCUUCCAACAGAUUGUGCUAUUGUGAUGCACUUAUUUGCUUCAUAUUUAGACACCCAAUUACAACCAUUGCCAAAUCAACCCGAAGUAAAAGGUUUUAGUGGAUAUCAUUACAUAAAACUAAACGAAACUGUGGUUUUAAAUGCAAACACUUUGGCGAUUCAACAAUGUUCUGAGUAUCCACCUCAUUAUAAAGUGAUUGUAGGAGAAGAAGUUUUUGAAUUGGUUAAGGGAUACAACAAUUUAUUCCAUAGUAUCCUUUUAUUUUUGUAUUACGUAAAUAAAAAAGAACACGGCAUGUUAGGUCAAGUAAAUCUAGGAAGAUCUGGUGUAAAUUUAUUAUGGGUGAUAAAAUCUUAAUUUUUUUCUUAAUAGUUAGUAUUUAGUUUUCAUUUGUCAUGAAUUUUCAUUGUACUUCUUUUUUCUGUCAUAAAUUAAAGUUUUUUGAAUAAAAUAAACAUCAUUUAAAAUUA